AAUAUCAAGAGCGAUUGAUUGAAAAUCAAGUAUUAUAUCAACUUACAAGUGAUAAAGAGCUAAAAACUCUAGUGAAAAAAAGAAUACAAACAGAUGAUAAGUCAAUCAAAGAAUAUCAGACAAGACUCAAGCAAUUAAAACAUCACACUGAAGCACAAUGCCAUCUG